GCUUAAUUAAUUUAAAAAAUUAUGAUCGGUCAAAAAGCGAUAUUCAAAAUACCGAAAGAAAAUUCCAAAACUGUUACAAAAAAUUGUUUCAUAUUAGCAGAAGUCAUUGCCAAGCGUAGCAAACUUCUAUCAGACGAAGAGUUCGUCAAGAAAUGCUUAAAGAUAUUUGUUUCAAUAGCUUGUCCGGAGCAGAAAAAAUUAUAAAAAAUAUUAGCUCGUCACAUCAUACCAUAGCAACAAAAACUGAUCACAUGGUUAACGAUAUUGAGUUGUCUUUGAAUACGCAAUUCCAGAAAUGCCCAUUCUAUAGUUUAGCGCUCGACGAAAGUACUGAUAUAUCAGAUACAGCUAGAGAUGGGCAAAGUGUUUCCGCCCGGCGGGCAGAUAGGGAAAAACCCAGGCAUUUUAGGAAUAAAUCUUAUUUGCCCAAUAAAUGCCCGAUAGGAAGGCAUAAAAGUUAUAUUGUUAAAGACAAGAUUUAUCAUAAAUAAAGAACUGUAUAAAUGAUUUAGCUAUUAAUAUUGAAUUAUUUAAAAGAAAUGAAUAAUUUAGUAUAGAUUAUUCUGACGGAAAUAAGCUCGUAAUGUAUCUAUUAUAGGUAUAUAAAAGUGAAAGGUUACUCACUCAUCACGAAAUCUCAAAAACUGCAAGUGCUAGGAGUUUCAAAUUUUGCAAGCGAGUUCAUUUUAGGACGUAGGUGCUCAAUAAGACGGGAUUUAAUGAAAUUCAACCCCUAAGGAGGUAAAUUAGGGGAUUAAAAUUUGUAUGAAACUUCGUCACUACACGUGCUAGGAGUUUAAAAUUUUGCAUAAGGGUUCUUUUUAGGACGUGGGUGUUUACUAAGACGGGAUUUUAUGAAAUUCAACUCCUAAGGAGGUAAAUUAGGAGAUUAAAAUUUGUAUGAAACUUCGUUACUACACGUGCUAGGAGUAUAAAUUUGGGUUCUUUUUAGGACGUGGGUGCUCACUAAGCUGGAAUUUUAUGUAAUU